GUUAUUGUUGCGUGUUCAAAGUUGAAACCCUAGAUUUUACUAUUUCGAGGUUGUUCUUCUUAAUCGAAGCUGAGAUUCUAGUUCUUCUUUCAGUUUAUAUCAUCAAUAUUGUUCAGAUCUGGUUAAUUAUUACUUUCUUGAGCUUGGAACCCUAGUUUUUGGGAAUUUUGUCUACUCUCUGUGAUUUGCUGGCUGAUAUAUCGCAUCAUUUCUCGAUGGCUAUUACUCAAACCACUGUGUACCUUCCUAACAUUCUGUUAGAUGACUCGAAUUAUCCUACAUGGCUUUUUCGCCUUGAGUCUUCUUGAAAGGUCAGAACCUUUUUGGUUUCGUUGAUGGAUCCACACCUUGUCCACCUCAGUAUAUCACUGCCUCUGAUGGUACAAAGACUGUGUCUAGUGAGUAUGUUGCUUGGAAAACACAAGAUCAGAGCAUAGUUAAUAUGCUAGGCCAAACUUUGAGUCCCGUUGCUAUGUCUUGUGCUGUGGGAAGUAGGUCGGCUCAUGAGAUGUGGUCCAAUCUUCGUCUCAAGUUUGCUGCUUCAAAUAGGCAGAACAUUUUGCAGCUUAAGUCUACUCUUCAAGGCCUCAAGAAAGGGUCUGACAAUAUUGAGACUUACCUGGACAAGAUCAAGGCUGCUAGAGAUGCCUUUGAAACAGUUGGUGUUUUUCUUGAUGAUGAAGACAUUGUGGUUACUGUAUUGAGGGGCUUACCAUCUGAAUUUGUUGCCAUUAAGACAGUCAUCCGGGCUCAAUUUGUUAGUUGCUCUAUGGGGGAGCUCAAAACUUUGCUCAAAGCUGCUGAAGUGGACAUUGAGAAUGAGUCUCAACCUGUCACUCUUACUGCUAUGGUUGCACAAUCUUCCACCACUCCCACCACUCCUUCAACACCAACCACUCCCAUUUCCACACCAUCUGUUUCUCCUACAGUACCUACUAUACCUCCUGGCUUCAAUCCUCUUACUUCACCUACUACCAGCACUAUUCCAUCCCCCAUUUCACAGCCCACUUAUGUUCCCAUCCCUGCUGUCCCCUACGGGUUUUCUCCAUUCAAUGCUUUCCCCAUGCAUGAAUCUACACUUGGGAUGACCGGAUUCUAUGCUGGUAGAGGGAGGGGGAGACUUGGUGGACCUGGUCGAGGCCCUCACACUACUGGUAGAGGCUUUACAGGUGGAAUCUACAAUGGAAACUACAAUGCUGGUGAUUUUGCAGACACCUCCAACAAUGCUUCACAAUCUGGCUACACCUUUUCUUGUCAAUUGUGUGGCAAACCUGGUCAUGGAGCUCGGACCUGCAAGACAUUGUCUCAAUACCAGCCCUUUGUGUAGCCCCACCUUGGUGUCAACUCUGUUGCAGGUGUGGAAUGUCAAUACUGCAAGAGAAAGAACCAUACUGCCGAUAGGUGCUAUCACAUUAUUGGUUUCCCAAAUCAACAGCAACCUCAACCUCCACUUCAUCCAUCUGCCAUGUUUGCAUCUUCUUCAACACCUCAGUUCUGGCUUGCUGAUUCUGGGGCCACAAACCACAUGACUAGUGAGGUCCAAUUGCUUAAUAAUGUUGCUCCAUACACAGCUUCUGAUACAGUUCAAGUUGGUAAUGGUAAACAACUCAAUAUCACUCAUCUUGGACAAGGUGCUGGGAAGAAUCCUAUAUUAGGGACUGAGUAAACAAGGGCUGUACCCCAUACCAUUUGAUCUGCCACUCAAGUUUGGUUCUCCAUCAACUACUACUGUUCCUAGUUCUUUUUCCAAGACUGCAUAUGUUGGGAAAACUAUAAGAAAUUUACUUUGGCAUCAAAGACUUGGUCACCCUACUAAUGAGGUAGUCAAAAGUAUGUUGAAUAAGUGAAAGCUUUCUGGUGACCCUACUGUUGAUUCGACACCUUGUGAAGCAUGCUUGCUUGGUAAAUUUCACAAGCUUCCUUUCCCAGUUUCUCAAACAAGAAGUGAAGUACCUUUUGAUAUAGUGCAUUCUGAUGUUUGGGGACCUGCUC